AUGCAAAGGACUGCCGCUGCUUCGAGGCUACUAAGAGCCGGUGCCUAUGCUGCCAGGCUAAACACUGCUAGAGUGGCUGUAGCCUCUGCAUCACAAUUCACAUCAACAAGGAGGAAUUAUGCCUCUGAAGCUUCCUCAAAAGAAAAGGCUCUCGUUGAGGCCAUAGAAAACAAGCGAAAGGAAGCAUUCUUAGGGGGUGGACAGCACCGUAUCGACACUCAACACAAAAAAGGCAAAUUGACCGCCAGAGAACGUGUAGAUUUGCUAUUGGAUGCUGGCUCAUUCCGUGAAUAUGAUGCAUUCGUCGAACACCAAUGUGUGGAUUUCGGAAUGGAAAAGCAAAAGAUCACUGGUGACGGUGUGGUAACAGGCUGGGGAACAAUCAAUGGACGUUUGGUAUAUGUAUUCAGUCAGGAUUUCACCACUUUUGGUGGUUCAUUGUCAAAGAUGCACGCUCAAAAGAUAUGCAAGAUUAUGGAUCAAGCUGUCUUGGUUGGAGCACCAGUCAUUGGUCUGAACGACUCUGGAGGAGCUCGUAUUCAAGAAGGUGUUGACUCGUUGGCUGGUUAUGCCGACAUCUUCCAACGUAACGUCAUGGCUUCCGGUGUAGUUCCUCAGAUCUCUAUGAUCAUGGGUCCCUGUGCUGGUGGUGCCGUAUACUCACCCGCCUUAACCGACUUUACAUUCAUGGUCCGAGACACCUCAUACCUAUUCGUAACUGGUCCUGAAGUCGUUAAAGCCGUCACCAACGAAGAAGUCACCCAAGAAGAUCUAGGUGGUGCAAAAGCUCACACAACCAAAUCUGGUGUUGCUCAUUUGGCUUUUGAUAAUGAUAUCGAGGCUUUGUCACAAUUACGUGACUUUGUCGACUUUUUGCCAUUAUCAAACCGCUCUGAUGUACCUGUUCGACCAACUGAAGACUCAGCCACCCGAGAAGACCCUGUCCUAAACACCAUCGUCCCAGCUGAUUCUACCAAAGCCUACGAUAUCAAGGACGUCAUAGCACGAGUCGUAGACGACUCCCGCUUUUUUGAAAUCGCACCAGACUCUGCCAAGAACAUGGUCAUUGGUUUCGGUCGUCUCGACGGUGCCACUGUUGCUAUUGUAGCAAACCAACCUCUAGUCUCAUCCGGUGUAUUGGACAUUACAUCGUCAGUUAAAGCUGCCCGAUGGAUUAGAUUCGCCGAUGCAUUCAACAUCCCCGUAUUGACGUUUGUCGAUGUGCCUGGAUUCUUGCCUGGUACCAACCAAGAGCAUGGUGGUAUUAUUAGACAUGGUGCCAAGUUGUUGUAUGCAUAUGCUGAGGCCACCGUACCAAAGAUCACAGUCAUCACACGUAAAGCUUAUGGUGGUGCAUACGAUGUCAUGUCGUCCAAGCAUUUAAGAGGGGACAUGAACUACUCAUGGCCAACUGGUGAAAUCGCUGUUAUGGGUGCUAAGGGUGCCGUAGAAAUUAUCUUCAGGGCUGCUAAAGACAAGGGUGCCGCUGAAGCCGAAUACAUCGAGAAAUUCGCAAACCCACUACCAGCAGCCCAACGUGGAUUCGUCGAUGAUAUCAUCCUCCCAUCUACUACACGUAGACGCAUCAUUGAGGACUUGAAGAUGCUCAAAAACAAGGCUCGUGAAAACCCAAAGAAGAAGCACGGAAACAUUCCUCUUUAA